AUGAGCUCUACUGGUGGGGGUGGCGACUGCAACCGCGACAAAAAUUGCAAAUAUGCAUCCAAAGCAGCAAAACGAAAGGCAAAGGAUGAACGAAUUGCAUGGGAAAGAAAAGUACUUAGCAAAGUGCCAAAAAUAUCAGAGCUGUUUUCUCCCACUACCAAUAGCACCGGUGGCAAUGCACCUUAUAGCAGCGUAGACGCCCACUUGGAUGCUCUGCAAUAUGACGAAAGUGCUUCUUGUGAGCCGACCACUAAUCCUGAAGCAAUAGCAGAUGCAGUUGAGAAACCCGUCAAGCCAGCAAAAUCGUUGGCAUCUGGUGAUCCGUCCAGUUCCACUGAUAGCACUGAUGGAUAUUCUUGUGAUUUGGGAAUGUGGCCCGCAGAUAUUUCAGACAGCAUGAGAGAGCAUUGGGCAGUAAAAGGGAGUGACCAAUGCAAAAAUUCCGACGCAAAUUUCAGCGCAACGUCAACCAGAUUUGAGGGACAUGUUUACAAUCGACGGUGUCAAAAAAGCUUGUUCACAUACACACAUGAGCUUACAGAUCAGCAACAUCCUCAAAACUGGCUCUGCUACUCACGAUCUAAACACACUGUUUUCUGUUUUGCCUGUAAACUGAUGACUGACAGUAUCGUUUUUGGAAAACAAGGAUACAAUGACUGGAAACGCGCAUCCCAAUCAAUUCCACGACAUGAGAAAAGUUCAGCACACCUUAAUGCUGUUAUUCAACUACUCCAACGCAGCGACGCUGGCUGUCGUGUUGAUUCGAAUCUGGUCAGGCAGGCCAGUGAAGAGCGCAAUUAUUGGCGGGCAGUACUCGAGCGGGUAACAGAAACUAUCCGUCACCUUUCCGAGCGAAGUUUACCAUUUCGUGGCUCUGAUGAAAUCGUUGGAUCGCCAAAAAACGGUAACUACUUAGGAACAUUAGAACUUAUAUCCCUGUUCGAUCCAUUUCUAGCGCAGCACAUCAACCGUAACGCAAACAAGGGGAAGGGUCACACAUCCUAUCUGUCAAAGACCAUUUGUGAGAAAUUCAUCCAUCUAAUACGCGAGCCUAUCUUUACAGAGGUUAAGGCUGCGAAGUAUUUCUCCGUCUCUGUAGACUCCACCCCUGAUAUUUCACACGUUGACCAACUGAAAUGCAUUCUUCGAUAUGUUUUACUCUCUGGUCCUGUGAAAAAGAUUUUUAACCUUCCUUGA